AUGGAUUCUACAGUAUCCGAGCGAUGUUUGUACGGCCGGUUACACAUCAGGGUGAGUGCACAGUGCAGUGAAAUGAGUUUAGAGAAAAAGCGAAUGUACGGUGCGGACGAGGAAGAAAUUGCACAGUGCGAUUUUUAAAAAGUCAACGCACAGUGCAAAAAAAUAUAAAAAAAUGUUUUGCACAGUGCAAAAAAAUCGUUUCAAAAUUUGCGAUUUGCACUGUGCAAGAGGAAAGAAAGGAUUUUCGCACGGUGCAAAAGGUUUGUCGCGAGGUUCGUACAGUGCAAAUGGUCUGUCGCAAAAUCCGCACAGUGCAAAAAAGGUUGCAACGGAUUAUUCGAAACUCAGACUGCACUGUGCGGUCGAACGAAAAAAAUAAAAUUUUAUUUUGCACCGUGCAGAUUGAUGCUUUUCCGAAAUCGCACAGUGCAAAAGAAAAGUCACCGCACUGUGCAAUUUGUCGCGGGUUGUUUUGAAUUCUGACCGCACAGUGCAAUCAACUGGGAAGGAAAAACACCUCAAAACUUUCGAAAUUUUGCACCGUGCAAAUUGAUUCCUUCCCGAAAUUGCACAGUGCAAAAUUUUGCCGCACGGUGCAAAAAUCGCGGUUCAAAAUUCAAAAAAACUUUUGCACGGUGCAAAUUGAUUCUUUUCCGAAUUCGCACAGUGCAAAAAAAUCAUCGCACUGUGCAAUUUGUCGCGGGUUGUGUUAAAUUCUGACCGCACAGUGCAAUCAACUGGGAAGAAGGGAGAUCAGCACGGUGCAAAACUUGCGACAUUUUGCACCGUGCAAUUUUUGUCGCCAAUGUCUUUGUCGCACGGUGCAAAAGUUUUUUUGGAUUCACGACAAAUCAAAAUCCUCUUAUUUUUGCACAGUGCAAAAAAAUUGUUGGAUCAAUUUUCGCACUGUGCAGGGAUAAAAUUUCAAUCGCACAGUGCACUCAAAAUUCUUGCACUGUGCAAAAAAUUAAAUUUGUCAAAAAAUGUAAAAUACGACUGACAUGUUCGAUUUUCAGAGUGGAAUCAAGCUGAUUAUCGCGGUUGGAGUUGUUGUUCUGAUCGCGCUCACCGCAUUGUUGGCGAUUUACUUCCGAAAAGCGAUUUUCGUCUUGAGCAUUUCGUACAUUGUGACGAUUUUGACGGCGGGCGCGGUUUUCCGCCGCGAUCACCGGUUUAUGUACCCUUUAUUGGGGGUGUCGGUAAGUUGAAUUUGCAAACACUCAAAUAAAAAAAAAUUCAAUUUCAGUACUUCCACAUCUUCCUAGCAUCACAUUUACUGUUAAUUUUUGCGUUUUACUUCUUCUUCAAGCCCUUGUACAUUCUUAUGGUGUUCAACUGGGCGUUUGACAGUGAGUUUUCCGCGAUUUUUGGAGAAGUAAAAGACUUGACUCAAAGUCAAGUGUUCCUCUCGGUUAAAAUAUGCGAUUUUGACGGGUUUAUCGAUAAAGUUGAGGUCUAAUAUUACUUUUAUGACCCUGAAAUACCAUGUAGUUAUAUCUACAUAGCUUUUUUAGCCAGCAAUUUGGUUAAAUUCCACUGAGAGCAACACUUGACCAAAUGGGUCAAGUCUUUCUUUCUCUCGCAAAAUCGUUCAUUUGAGCCAAUAAAACCUCCAAUUUCAGCUCUCGACACCGGCAAGAACCUCGGCUACUACGUGAAAUGUUUUGUCCUGGUCCUCGGCAUCUCCCUGUUCCUGGCUUACAACGUUUGGCAAGCCGCGAUGGCCAAGCAUUUCCUCGACCAUUUGCAACAAAACGACCUCCGACUGGACUCGGUGAUCAAGGUGAACGGCUCGACCUCAUCAUCCGUCGCCCUGAACUACAGUCAUUCCGAGUCGCCAAAGCCCGAGAAACGGAACACGAUUGUUUUCGUGGGAGGACCCGAACUUCAGCCAAUGAGCACCGAGAAAACGGAAAAUGGAUUCUGA